UAAGCAAAAUAUUAUGACUAAUCGGCUAUAAGUGACCCAUCGAGUAAUUUCAAUUGUUACUGCAAUUAAGUUGGAGAAACAUGUCACGAUAUUACUGCGGCUACAACCCGCCACCUUCCAACUUUAAAACUUUCUUUCCGGAAAAAUAUAAAGACAGACUGAAACGUCUUCCCGACUUGGGAAAAAUGCGAAAAUCUUGGGAAAUCAACAAACGAUUCACACUCAUAAUGCUUCAUGUGUUUGCCGAUGAUAUUCGAGUUUUGGAGAAAUGGAUGGAUAUGGUCUACCAACUAGCUGCCCCUGGGGAACUGCAAGGAGAGAUGGACUUUUACGUGGACGAUAUGUGGCAGUCGUAUAUUUUCAAUGAGGACAACUUUGAAUUUUUCCGUAACGACGACGACUUUUCCGUAGAUUCAUAUCCACUGAUUUACGUUGUGAGUCCGACCGGACAAGUUCAUUUCUUUGGCGACUUCCGUGGACCAAAACUGCCUGAUGUAGAAACUCUAAGAAAUUUCUGCCACGAAGUGAAGGGUGGGACCAUUAGGGAACUCUCAUAUAGAGAUCCCAAAGUCGAAGAUAUAAACUUGGACAGCUGGAACGAAGUUAUAUACACAUCCGAUGAAGAUAUAGCCCUUUGUCUUUACGACUCCCUGAAAAAUGGCACGGAGGUAAAUAAUAGUCUAAUGAAGAAUCUGGAUCAGUUAGGUGAUAAACUAAAACAGGAGUCAGUCAAGCUGUAUAAGAUGGAUAUAUCUGGAGUUAGUGUCCCCAAAAAGUUUACCGUAGAAUCUACGCCUGCCUUCUUUGUUCUGCAAGCAGCCCAAAAACAUAAUCCCCAACGAUGCAAAUAUGAAUUGGGAGUAUGGAGUAUGCUGAGAUUUGUAUGUGAAAAUUCCACUGAGGAGCUGAGUUAUUAUAACCGUAGAGGACAUCUGAGACUCCAUGCGAAUUUACUAGUCCAUAUAAAUGAUUUUUUUGACUUAAGCAAUAACAAACACGGUUAUUUCAUGUGAUGAAUUCGGAUUCCAUUUAUGUAUUUAACUUAUAUUUAGUAAAUUUCGGUGUUACUAUGAUAAGUUAACAUGCAAAAUCUUAAUAUAAUUAAAUAUUAAAGACAAAUUUAA